UUAAAAUUUUUGCACAAACAUGACUGUGUCCUGUGAAGAGUAAAUCAAAUCUCAGGAAUUCCACACAGGAGGUGUCACACCUUAGAGGUAAAUGCAGCCACCAUGCUCUCCAUAAUUCCAUCCUCCACCCUAGCAAUGUCCGUAACAAUCAUUAUUUUCUGUUAUUAUUAAUACUUCAAAUUUGUAUUUCACACAGUUUCCAGUUUCCCCCCAUCAUGGACACCAAUGAGGGACAAUCUCAUUCUGAAAACGUCUUUGGACUCAAGUUCAGCUGAAUUCCAAAAAGUGGAAGACCUUUUUAAAAAAACAGCUCUGGAUAAGAUAGUAGUCAAGAUUGAAAGAAUUCAGAAUUCAUUCCAAUGGCAGGCUUACCAGCUCAAAAAGCAACACCUUAUAGAAAAGAAUGGUGACUCGCUGGUAAAUGAGAUGAACCUGUUUCAUGGCACAACUAAGGAAUCCUGCAGUGCAAUUGAAAGAAAUGGUUUUAACAGGAAUUUUGCUGGAAAGAAUGGAGUUAGUUAUGGCUAUGGUGUCUACUUUGCCAAGAAUGCAGUAUAUUCUACCAAAUAUGCCAUUCCGGACAAGCAGAAUUUAUGUUACAUGUACAUGGCUCGAGUCCUGGUUGGCACCUACACUAUUGGGAAAAAAGGCAUGAAAGUCCCUCCUCCACGUUUUGGGAGCAACAAAAAUGACUUGUUUGACAGCCUGGUGGAUUCAGAUUCAGAUCCAACAAUAUUUGUUGUAUUUCAUGAUGAUCAGGUUUACCCAGAGUAUCUUGUGACAUAUUACUAAUUAUGUACCUAAAAACUACAGAUACUACUGCUAAAACACAAAAGUGAAGAUAUUGAGAUCAUAAGUAGACUGAAAUGACUACCAUUUGUAUUAGUGUCCAUCACUUUGGGUUAGUUUUAAUGUAAUCACCAAAAAUCAUUUAUACUGUGGGUAAUAUAGUAAAGCAUUCCUCUGUAACUUAACAUUUGUACAAUAGUCUAAUGUUUUCUUGCUAAAGUAAAAAAAAAUAAUUUAGAGCAUUCUAGUGGUAAUAAAGAGUGAAAACUGUGUUAGCAAAA